AUGGAACUUGAAAAAGAAGAUUGGCCAAAAUUUCAGAGUUAUAUGUUGAAUGGAAGCGGAAUGAAGACUGGAGCUCUCCUCUUCUUUGACUCGGUCACAAAGAAAAACGAGGAGAAGUUUAACGAAAUCGUUACUGAUAUGUAUAACUGUACAACUGGAGAAGCGAAAAAGGUGGCGCACGAAAUGCUAAAGGACUUCAAACGACUGUAUCGUGAACUCCAGGUUUGCUAAUC